AGCUGCACUUCCAAACUGCAGCAUUCAGUGAGAAGCAGCAAGAGAUAGAUCAAGCAGAUUUGAAACAAUAGUUUUUCCGAAACAGAUCUAUUCGAGUUACAAGUUGUGUCGAGCAAUAUUCUGAAAAAUUUUUCAAAAAUGUUUAUAUUGUCUCAAACAUCAAAUAAAAAUAGAUUUACGUGUUAGAAGAGAGUAGAAAGUAUUGUAAAAUAACACGAUUUUAACAAUUUUCUUUUCAAUGAAAAAAAGAAAAAUAUUUAUAUAUAAAAGAUUUUUCCUACUCGAAAGAAGGCACAAAUCUUUGGAUUGUAAAAAUUCUUCACGAAAAAUGAACGAUUACAAGAUAAAAUAUUUAAUAAUCUUCGCAUUAUUAUUCGCAUUUGCGGAAAGCUUUCGCGAUCCCAUUCAAGCAAUUUCAACAAACUUUGAAGAACAUGAUAAAAAUUACAAUUUAAACAUCAUUAAAAAUGAGAAAAAAAAAUGUGGAAGUUUUGAAAGUUUAAAUUUAGACAAUAUGAAUUUACACAUUCUAAAGAAUGACAUUAUACGCAGCGAUCACAUUCAACAUAUAUCAGUGUACAACAAUAAUAUAAAUAACACUUAUACCAUUUUGGAUAAUGUUCCAAAUCUAUUUUGCUUAAACUUAAGCCGAAAUGAGAUUAAUAUCUAUAAUGGAAAUGAAUUGAAACAUUCUAAUCUUAAAGUAUUAGAUUUAAGUUAUCAAAAAAUAUCCGAAGCGAAAGAUUUAGAGGAUUAUGAAGAACUAAAUGAUCUUUACAAAAAUAUAAUUUUCAACAGCAAAAAUAUGAAAUUACCAAAUUUACAAUAUCUAGAUUUAAGUGGAAAUGAUAUUUCCUCUUUAUUGUGGGAUUUUAAUAUAUCAUUUCCACAAUUGAGACAAUUAGAUUUAAUUAAUGUCAAGGCAGACGAACUCGAACCUACAUUUUUUAGCAAAAUACCUACAUCUUUGCGCGCUCUCCAUCUGGAGAAUAAUUAUCUACAUAAUUUGACGUUACAAAAUACGGCGGAGGUGAUAGCUUUGUAUUUGGAUGGAAAUCCAGAUUUAAAAAUAAUCAAUAUCGCUUCAAAAACAUUAAAAAGCUUAUCGUUAUCAAAUUGUCCGAGCUUAGGACAUGGAAAUUUUGAUACGCCUUUUUUAGAACAAUUAGAUUUUUCAAUGAAUGAUUUUGAAACAGUAACUUAUAUUAAUUUUCAAGCAUUUCGCUCGUUGCGAAUACUAUUAUUGAAUUAUAAUAAAUUACAGAAAAUUCCUUUAAUAACUAAUUUACAACAAUUAAAUGAGCUAUCCUUGAAUUUCAACAUGAUUAAGAACAUUCCCUCUAAUAUUUUUUCAUAUUUCCCAUCAUUAAAAAAGUUAUCAUUGAAAGGGAAUAACAUAGAAUAUAUUGAAAAAGAUAGCUUUUUAAAUUUGAAUAAUUUAGAAUAUUUAAAUUUAUCUGAAAAUGGAUUAAGAAGGUUGCCUUACAAUUGGGCAAUGUCAUUAAUAAAUCUACAAUAUUUAAAUGUUAAUUCAAAUCAAUUUGAGAAUAUUUUAGAUUUAACUCUCAAUUCAGCUGUUAUAUCAUUAAAACAUUUAUCUGUAAAAGAUAAUAUAUUCACAAAAAUGAUAACUACAGCUGAAUUGGCAUAUUUACCAAAUUCAACUAUUGUAUAUGUAGCUUAAGACUGCUAAUAAGCAUAUUUUCAAUAUCCAUGUUUUAUUUCAUAUAAAAAUAUUUCUAAUCUUUUUUACAUUUCUGCGCACAUAUACGAGAAUUUAUGAAUUUUCGUAUCAACGUAUGAGAGUAUUAAAACUAAUUUAUAGAUUUUAGACGCUAUAAUUAUUCUUAACUGCGACUUCGUUUAUUUUUGUAAGUACAUCGCAAACUUAUUUUGUAAUAAUAUUGAUUAUGUCAUUUUUGUAACUAGAAAUAAAAAUUAUAUUUUUUUGCAUGUGUGA